AUGUUUAUUACCAAAGACGUGCAUGCGUCCAGACAUGAUUCAGUCAUUCAAUGCCUUUCCAAUAAUAACAGUAACCCACUAAACGAAAAUCCACGUUAUGCAUAAUCCGGCUGAUCACGUGCUGUUAUAAAUAUUGUAAAUAGCGAUCAUGUAUAAAACAUUUUACCUGCGGUAUCCCUAGCCAUACUCGUUGAUGAUUACUCUACAGUGUGUUUACAUACCACCAAUAAAAGCCGCUCCAAUAAAACUACCUUGUUAUUCUACGCACAGAGAACAAACAGACAGCGCAACUGGGCUGACACAUCGUACCGAGAAGUCAGUUUUUGUGCGAUCAUCAUCAAGUAAGAUCACGGACACAGCGGCCGAGAUGGAGAACACCUCCUGGAAUUCGGUGUCGGACUUUCCGUUAAUGGGAACAACGGCUCCAAUGCCCCGGGGUCCGCCUCCUAUGCCUCCGUUCUUAGACUAUGGCCUGGCAUUUUUUCUCUUCGUGGCAUUUGUUUUCGGUAUUGCUGGCAACGGUGUUACCCUCUGGAUUUUUGUCAGGACCAAGUCACUACGCACGGCACCAAAUAUGCUUAUUGUUAAUUUAGCGUUCAGCGACAUCUCCAUGAUCAUAACAAACUUUCCACUCAUGUUUGCGUCGACAAUUUAUGGUAAAUGGCUGUUCGGCGACUUAGUUUGCGAGAUCUACGCUUUCUUCGGAGGCCUGUUUGGAUUCAUGUCAAUCGCUACAAUGACGGCCAUUGCGCUGGACAGGCAUGCUAUUCUUUUCAACAGACACUAUGUGAUUUGCCAUUCCAUGGAGGCUAUGCGCACAGUUACCAGACGAAAAGCCGCCUAUAAAAUCCUGCUUGUCUGGAUAUACAGCUCUAUCUGGUCACUGCUUCCCUUCUUUGGUUUUGGGGCCUACGUUCUAGAAGGCUAUGGUGUCAGUUGCACUUUCGAAUACCUCGACCUAUCGCUCAAGAAUAGGCUGUACGUUGGUACGAUCUUCACGUUCGGAUUCCUGAUUCCUCUUGGGGUGAUCAUAGCCUGCUAUGUCCACAUCGCAUACACUUUACGACAGCAUCGUCUGCAGCUUAUGAGGGUGCAGAAUGACUUGCGUAGUCCUGGCAACGAUAAGGCGCAGGCUGCCGCUAUACGCAAGGUCAAGGCGGAAAACGUGGAGUGGCAGAUCGCCAAAGUGGGUAUCAUGUUAACCAUUCUAUUCUGCGCUUCCUGGAUGCCCUACGCAUCUGUAGCGUUUAUUGGGGAGUUCAUUGAUGCCUCAAAGGUCACCCCGAUGGUCCAAGUCAUUCCGGUCGUGUUAGCCAAGAGUUCCGCCAGUUGGAACCCCCUUGUCUACGCCAUCUCCCACCAGCGGUUCAAAGAAGCCCUUCGCGAUCACUUCUUCGUCUACUGUUGCGGGGAAUCACAGAGCCGCCGACAACGCCACUCUACCACACGGUCCAUGUCCAGCGAGAAUCGUAACACCGACUCGAGAGCUACUAGUGUUCGGUCUGUCAUCUCGGAGGCAGACAAGCGAGACAGGACCGGUACGGUUAUGUCUACCGUCUCGACCAAGACUGAUGAGAUCGAAAUGGAAAGCGGGGUACAAAAGCCGACUAGGAGUUCCCUGAAAGGGGGACGCGAAAGAGCCAACAAAAACAGCAACAACAACGGCAACCAGUCAGCUAGCGAGCAGAGGCGACGGUCAUUCCCCGAUACCUCCUCAACAACUGUAGACUCCGGCAACGUCAACUUGGUGAUGAAAUCGAGAGAUGGGGUUAAAAUACAAGAACAUUAUGCAGCAUAUGAUAAUCCAGCAGCAUCGGUUAGCGAUCGAGAAGAACUCACUAAACUUUAAACAGAAAGCAGGUCAAGAACAUAAUUGGUCAAAAGUCUAUUCCGGUACGCUCACACGGAAAGUUGGUGUUGGACAAGACAAUAGUUGAUAUCUGCCAGCAAACGGUCAAUGUCUGUCAUGGAAUUACAUGUAUGCCACACGAUAUUGUCUAAAUAUUUUGUCAAAUGUUACUUAAUGUUCAUGCAGUGACACGCGUUGUUGAUUAUUCAUAUUUUGCCACACGUCCUGGAUAUACUGACGCGUUACUGAGUAAAGUCGUUUCAAAAACUUGUUUUUUAAAUUAAUUGAUUGAGGUGCGGUUGUCGUAUUGGGCAACACAAUACUUUUUUGAACUAUGAACCGGUUUUUAGAUUAAUUGAUUAGAGUACAAUAGUCGUAUUCGGUAACAUAACACUUUUAACCGGUUCAGUUCAAUCCACGUGUAAUGUUCACAACCGGGCUUAAUUUUUACUAAAGGUAUAACUGUUAUGUUUAUGAAAUCCUUAUUUAAAGGUAUGUUUUACUUUAAAUUCUUCUAAUGAAAUGUAUGUGUUGACGAUAACUUGUAUCAAUUCCAUGAGUUAAGUGUGAAAAGAUUAAAUACGAUAUUACAACUUGUAUCUUAAAAAACUACGUUAACUGGUAUUAUUCAACAAUUAAAAGAGGCGAAUUCAUUCAGUUUAAAGUACUGUCCAUUUCAACCGAAGACCUGGAUUGGGGAAAAUCCUCUUUCCCCCCCCCAAAAAAAAAAAUUAAAAGCGUGUUUGUUGUUACCAAAAAAUAUUACAUCUUGCAGGUUGUUGCAAAUUACAAUUACAUCACCGCCUAUGUAACAUAAAGGACAAUGACACAGCAAUCCCAUGUCGCUUAGAUUCAAAACCACAACUCACAGAGUGUAGGUAAUUCAAUUUUUAUGUAAACAUUAAAACAUUAACUUGUAUACUGGAUCACAUAUAAGUUGGUCAAAGCUGAGUAUAUAGGUAUAUGAAGUUUAUUGAUAGAAAAUGUCACUGUAUAGCAGUAGAAAUAUUAUAACUUUAAUUUGACAUUGGUAAUAUUACCUAAGUGUUAUUUUACUUUAAAGGAGGCUUUAAACGUGAAAAUACUGUUAAAAUUGUAAUAUUAUACAUGUAGAUAUUUAUUUUCGCACCAUGGUAUAUUUUAUCUAAGAUAUCACACAAACAGAGAAACUAUGUAUUAGUUACACAAAAGUAUAGUGCACGACAUUGGCCAAAAAAUACAUUUUUGAUUGUACUUUGUAAAUAACGCACUUCAUCGCAAAUGAUAACUAUAUGGCAUAUUCAUGCGAACCAUUCAGUUCUGUACUUUGCUCUGUUCUUACAGUGCUCUCACAGAAACUUCGCGCAAAAACAGAAUUCUAAGAUCACGAUUUAUGCAAGCGCUUAAGUUAAAUUGAUUGGCUAUAGCCUAGGCCUAAGCCGUAAAAUACAGUAUCUUUUUUCAGCUUAUCCUUACAGUGAAUCCACUGAUACACAACAGUAGUCCAAAUCAUUACAAACUUGUCUCCGGUGAGUACCUGCCUUACAAACUUGUCUCCAGUGAAUACCUGCCUUACGACUAAUUUACCUGGGGCACUGAGCCAGUUAAACAGCGUAUGCCCAUUACAAGGCUAUUCCAGAACAGCUACACGCGCGCGAUAGUCUGUCUUUUCAGCGCAGCCCAUAGAUGUAGAAACAGAACAACUCUAGUAUCUAGAAAAUAUGGAAGGGCUGCGUAGCACCGUUAUCAGAAUAUCGACGAAUAUGAUAUCAAAUCAGUGCUCUGAAACGACAAUCACAUAUUUCAGAGCGCUGAUUUGAUAUUAUACUCUCGUCGAUAAAUCUGGUAUCUAUCCGGUUCGUAACGUCACUUCAGUUUAAACCACGCCCACUGCACACGUGCACUGCACAAAGGGUUACAUGCAUUGAUCGCCGUUUACACGGAGCCAUGGAACCGUAAGUUAACGCACGACUUCAGCGAUCGUCCAAUGGGAGCCUGCAAAUCGUGGCGCGUCCGCCUUUGUGACGAAGUCACUUACGAACCGGAUCGAUGGCGCAGCCAUACGCUAGCUCACGCACGCGUCUUGUUCAGGAGAGACCUUGGCUCUUCGAAAUACUGGAUUGGCUCAUUCACAAUGCCUUGAAAAGAUGUAGCUUAAUACACUCAAAUGCAACAAUAACGAAUGUAUACGCCGUGAACUAAAGAAAUUGAUAAUACUACCAUUGUCACCUGUCAGUCACAUGAUAUCCUUUUCCCCAAACAAGGUCAGCUCAACUCAGUUUUAGAAGGUUCAAGAUGACAUAGAACGAUGGAUUAGCCUUAAUAUUGCACAUAGUCCUGAAUAAAUACUGAAAAAGUUUA